ACGGAAAUUCCGUCCUGAGAGUCCAUUCCACCAAGCAAAAAGAAUCAACCAUAAGCCAGUCAAAGUACCCAGGUGUGAAGGGAAAGUUCGUAAGGUUUUGACGAGAGGUGGAGGGUUGCACCCGGGUCGUUCGGAGGGAGGCUCGAAAAAAGGAUUGUCGAAAUGCAACCACAAAAGAGAUCGAGAACGAAGCUCGGUAACUGGUGAUAUCUUUCAGUAUGCGGGACUUGUCGUAUCGGCCACUCAGAAAGGCCCGAUUGGCGGUAGUGUCAGCCGGGAGAAUGCAGAGGCCUGGACGUAUGCAACGGGGGUCGCGGGGAAAGGGCUUGUGGAAUGCCAACGCGGGACACGGAGCAACGACAGGAGGAGCAGAUGCGGUGAGAAACCUGAGGCAUGAGAAAAAGAAAGAGAAGAAUAAAGAUCCGAGGAAGGCUGGAGAACUGGCUCUUCAACCACAAGCCGAUCAGGUGAGAAGAAGGGGGUGGUGGAGAGAGGGAGGGAGGUUGGGGGUUUCGAGGAAAAGGGCAGACGCCUUGCAUUUGAAGAGUGAAGCUUGGACGAACUCGCAUCCGAGCGUGUCGGACGCGACGUGACGCACAGCCAAUCGCGACCUCGGGAAAGUCCGGCGCUCAAACACGGCAAACACGCGUGCCACGUGACAAGCACCCGCGCCAAGCCAGUGCUUCACGACCGACAGAAGCUGAUUGAUACAG